AUGCCCACCGAUCCCCACGGGGUGCCUCCACCCUCCCAAGAGGACGAGGAGUUGUGUGCGAUGUUCAGCAACCUCAUCGCCGGUGGCCUCACCACCGCGGAGGACCUCGCGUCCGUAGGCUUCACCCACGGCGAGAUCGCGCGGUUUUUAUCGGCGGACUCGCCCACUUUUUCCCCCGCGCGACCGAUCGGGGAGGGGGACAAGCCCGACUCCGGCGCGGCCUCCACGCGAAAACGCGCGGCGCGGGCGAGGUCGGCCCCCUCCCAACCCUUUUUGGAGGGGAAAAUCCCCAACACGAAAAACAAAACCCCGAAGGAGGCGGACGCGCAGGAAACGGCAAAUCCCCAUCGCGACCUGGAGAAGUUCACGCGGCCGGUGAGUGAGGCCCGGCGCGCAGCGUUUUGCCGGGACGUCGCGCGGGCGGAAUUCACCCGACGGGUGCUCCGGCGCGCCUCGGACCGCCUCCAACGCGCCUCCCUCGCCUGCGUGAGCGAAAAAAAGGACAAAAAUUCCCCCCUGCAGGGGUAUUUCCCCCGCAGGAUCGUGAAUGAGGAAUGGCCGGUGGUGGGGGAUUUGUCGAAUUCGAGUGAGGUCGCCGUCGGGAAGCCGCAUCUCACCGACGGCGUGUUGAAUACGGCCCUGAAUUUUACAGGGAGUGAUAUCAUGAUAGGUCGAGAGAUCGCAAGGCACCUCCAACAAGGAGCCACCUUGGACGAAAGCGAUGAAUGUUUUGAGGAUUUUUACGCAAGAAGGGAACAAAUGUGUGGCGAAGAGAUCGGUUAUGGUUGUUAA